CUUUGCAUACUUUAAUGAAUAAUUUCCACUCCCAAUUAGACUUUUUCCCUGUUCACAACUAUCAUCUUCUUCGUUUUGCUCUGCUCUCCAUUUUUUGUGCAGCCAACAAGAGUAUAGAGACUACAAUAGAACCCGAAAAGAUAAAAGAUGUCAAAAGGGAUGACAUCAGAUUCAGAAUACUACACAUUCGGGCCUCACAAAAUACAUCCAAAGUUCAUAUUCUAUACCACUAAUCUUUCAUAUGCAAUGGUCAACCUUCGUCCAGUUCUUCCUGGUCAUGUGUUAGUGAUCCCAAAGCGGGAGGUUAAGCGCUUUGGGGAUCUGAAUGCUGAUGAGAUAUGCGACCUAUGGCUCACAACCCAACUAGUUAGUGGCAAAUUGGAGUCCUAUCAUAAUGCUUCCUCCCUCACCUUGAACAUCCAAGAUGGCCCCGAAGCAGGACAAAGUGUUCCACACGUUCACAUUCAUAUUGUCCCACGAAAGUUCAGUGACUUUGCGAGAAAUGAUGAUAUCUACGAUGCAAUGGAUGAGAAUGAUAGAGCAUUAAAGAAACAUAUUGAUUUGGAUGAGAAGAGGAUGGAUAGAGGAUUUGAGGAGAUGGCACAAGAAGCUGAUGAAUACACAAAGCUUUUCUUCUAGUUGUGAUGGUUUUUGUUAAUGUUUUAAAAGUCAUUCAAGAAAAGAAUUUAUGAAAAUGACGUUCCGCUCUACAUCUGUUUUCAACGUCUUUCAGUCUCCUUUAUAAUUUGGACAUUAUAGUUACUUUAACUUGUUUAUAAGAGUUAGAUUGUCCUUAGAAUGUUACUCGAUUAAUUUUGGACUUUUUUAUGAUUGUAAUAGUAAAGAGGAAUGUGUAC